AUAAAUUUACAGGUGACCGGUCUCAUAGAUUAGAAAGAAAAAAGAAGAAAGAAAAAGAAAUAUCCAAACCAAAGAGGUUACCAUUGACGAAAGAGGGAUGACACAGUACUCCAUUGAGAUGGCCCAAAUAGAUGAUGACCAAAUUCCACUGCUUUUUCAAACUAAAAAAGAUGAGAUAGAAGAAGGGAGGGAAGUGGAUCAUGUAAUCGAGAUAAAGGAAACAAAUGAUCCAUUAGGGUCACGAACAAAGAAAUUUGUAAAUCAAAUUUUUGAAAUGUUUAAGGAUUUAGACAAUUCGUCUAUUAAAUCAAGUACCAUAUUCAGAGUAAAUGUGUGGUUACGUGAAUCAAAUCCAGAUGCUUAUAGACCAAAGAUGGUCUCUAUUGGUCCUUACCAUAAGAGACAUCCUUUACUUGGUCCAAUGGAAAAGUACAAACUAUUGUACCUACGACGGUUUCUUAAACGAAAAGGGGGGCUUGAUAUGGAAAGUUGCAUCAAUCAAUUGGAGAAACUGAAAGAGAAAGCAAUAAAGCGUUACGACGAUAUAGAAGAUGUCGAUACUGAUGAAUUUUGCAAAAUGUUGUUGCUUGAUGGUUGUUUUGUGGUUGAGUUUAUUCGAGAGCGUUGUGGAAUAUAUCAAGGAGGAAUUAUUAUUAAUAUUAAUCCUGGUUACAUACUCCAAGACUUGUUGUUACUAGAAAACCAACUUCCAUUCUUUGUCCUCAAACAUCUUCAUCGCAUAACAAAGCAAGAUGAUGAAUUACCAUUGACAAUACUAGCGAAUAAUUCGUUUACUUUUCUUGUUGACUUGCCAAAAAUGACCGUUGCAUCCUUUAGAAAGACAGAAUGCAAUGCAGUAUAUAUCAAACAUUUACUUCAUCUAGUACACAUAUUUUCAUGUCAUGUGAAUGAUCCCAUGACAUCAAAUUCAUCAAGCAGCCCUACCGGCGGUAACAGCCCUACCGUACGCGGCCCUACUGGUAGCGGCAGCCCUACCGGUAGCGGCAGCCCUACCGGCAGUAGCUACCCUACCGGCGGUAGCGCUGCCAUAACACGUAAUAAGGUCAUGCCAAAUGCAACAGAGCUUUCUGAAGCUGGAGUUAGAUUUGCAAAGGUUAAUCAUACAACAAGUUUAUUUGAUAUAAAGUUUGAGAAUGGAUUGAUGACAAUCCCUUGUUUUCAAGUCGAAGAUGGUACAGAAACCAUCUUACGAAAUCUCAUUGCUUAUGAGCAACAAUCAUUUGAUGUACAACAAAAAUAUUUCAGUGAUUUUGCUACUUUCAUGGAUUAUCUUAUUGACUCAGAAAAAGAUGUGAAUUUGCUUCGCCAGAAAGGAAUCAUAGAGCACUGGCUGGGAGAUGACACACAAGUGGCUAGCCUCUUCAACAAAAUUGCAUAUGGGGUCGGUGUUCAUUCCAACUUCUAUUACAAUGAAGAAUGCAUAAAAGCGGUUGAACAUUGUAAAAAACCAUGGAACAGAAUGAAAGCAAAUUUGAGGCAUAAUUAUUUUAAUAGUCCUUGGGCAGGAGCUUCAACUGUGGCAGCCAUCAUACUUCUCUUGCUCACGGCUGCACAAACUGUUCUAUCUUUCAUAAGCGUUAUUAGGUAGUAAUUGCUUUAAUUAUGUGUCAUUGUUGAUUUGUUUUGUUAAUCAUCCAUUAUUAUUCCAUGCAUACAUAUAUUUUCUCGUUAAUAAAAUCAAUUUGCAAAAUCA